CUAUAGCCCAGCCAAAUGACUCAACUACUGCUCAGGAAUUAGGGUUUCGUUUUCCUAUAAAAUAAAACGAAGCCCUAAUGCAUAGCCUCCAGCUCUUCUGAUAAAGCAGACGGAACCAUGGUGAAGUACUCAAAAGAGCCGAGCAAUCCCACCAAGUCCUGCAAGGCUAGAGGAUCUGAUCUCAGAGUUCAUUUCAAGAACACAAGGGAGACCGCGCAUGCUGUCAGGAAGUUGCCUUUGACCAAGGCUAAGAGGUACUUGGAGGAUGUUCUGGCCCACAAGCAGGCCAUACCAUUCACACGCUUUUGUAGGGGUGUUGGUCGAACUGCUCAGGCCAAGAAUAGGCAUUCCAAUGGACAAGGUCGUUGGCCUGUCAAAUCUGCAAAAUUUAUAUUGGAUUUACUAAAGAAUGCCGAGAGUAAUGCUGAGGUGAAAGGUUUAGAUGUGGAUUCUCUUUACAUAUCGCACAUUCAGGUGAACCAAGCACAAAAACAGAGGCGCCGCACAUACCGUGCCCAUGGAAGAAUAAACCCCUAUAUGUCAUCACCAUGCCAUAUUGAAUUGAUUUUGUCUGAGAAGGAAGAAGCAGUCAAAAAGGAGCCGGAGUCUCAAUUGGCAACUAGCAGCAGAUCCAGGAAGUCCCAAGCUCUACGGAGUGGUGCUUCUUCUUAAAUGUGACAUUAUAUUACUAGCAAUAUAAGAAAGUUUUGAGAUACUUUUUUGUCAUUUCUUUUUGAAGACAAGCUUUGUUUUAAUCAUUUGGAUGUUUUGUAUUGUUACUACCAGAUUCUAUUUUUUAGUUAAAUGUUUAAUCAAAACUUAUUUGGAAUUUUUGAUAACAACGUAAUUGGAUUCCCAGAUAAAUAUAAUUAUGCAUGUGAUGCUAUUUUGUUUUUGUAA